GAAUUCUCCUGUCCUGGCUACCUUCUAUACUUUAAGCAUCCUUAGUCACUUCAAGCGCAACAUAUGAUCGCAUAAUCGAUAUGCUCCUUGAUAGCUCCAGAGAUAGCUGACCUCUCUUAGCUUUCAUCCAGGCCAUUUCCCAUUCCCUUAUCAGACGAAAACAUGGAUGCAGGUCCUCAAGGAAUGAAGACUUCACCCCAUAAGCAAGACACCAGUCUGCAGAGCCCCACGAGCAAGCCAAACUUCAAUCGUCUCGAACCAAGUAACCCAGGGUAAUUAUCUCUCCCUUUGACGCACGCUAUUCAACAAAGCUCCCAACUAACAAGAACAUGGAUGGUAGAAUCAUCAUUCGCUUUUAUAGGAGAGUCGUUGAGGGCAGCAUCACUCGACUUGGAUCGUACGAUGGACAACCAAACUACCAUGACAUGAUUGUUCCGGAGGCGUGCAAAAUGGUCAGGAGAGAACUAAUUGUCGGCUGCCGCUAUCGUAGCUGCUAUCUUUAUCGCCUGCCAAUCGACGUACGGUUCAAAAUCUAUGCCGCUUUGUUCGCGCAUGACGGAACUGCACUCGAGAUCGGGAGGCUCAAACACACAGGAAUAGGUAAUCUACAAAUUCUUAGGACAUCGCACCUCAUUUACCAUGAAGCUUCGAUUGCCCUAUACCAUUCGCUUAGUUACCGCAAACUCUUUCUCCGAGCGUAUGGUUCUUUCUCCGCAGACCUUCUCAGACGUUAUCCGAAGUCGUUACCGUGCUGUCGCUUUAAGGCGUUUGAGGUCAAUCUUGAAUACCCCUGUCGUAACGAACAUCUUAACUGGAGCAGACCACUGGGAUCGGCCGUAUUUUUGAUAGGAGCAGAGAACCCUAGAGUGGCUUUGCAUCGUCGUUGGGCAUUUGCAGAAUUCAUUACAGCAUUGAAAACGGCCGAGCCCUUGCGUAUAUUUUCGCUGACCGUCGUUGUAACAGAGAACUGGAACUUGCCCGGUUUCAAUGAGAAAGACUUGGUCAACGCCUUAUUUAGCGGCGCGUUCAAAUUCCUUGGAAAGCUAACAUUGCGCGGUUUUACUGAGGAGGAGAGAAACCGCCUGUGCCAUCUUGUACACACUCUAAGGGACCCACCCCUGAAGAUUGAGCGGAAUAAGACGAAGAUACAGGGACCAGGAUUCUCGGUUUGGAUUUGUGAGUCUCUCUCUUUCUUUUAUUAAACCUUAGAUGCACUGAAGCACAAGGUCUAUUAUUGCGAAGAAAACAUCCCGAUCAGCGUCGGCGGUCUCAAGUCCAAGUCCAACGACCAGAAGCCGCUUUUCAUUCGGUGCUUUUGUCACAAUGGCGCUAGCUAUCUGACGAGCAUAUAGCUGACCAACUGUGUCAUGUCCAGAAACACGGCCUCCUAGAAGUGAAGUCGCAGUGAGACUGCUGAUCGGAAGAAGACUGUCAUCCGAGUCUGGGAAGGUGUGGGCGCCUUCAGUUCCAGGAUUUUUGUUUUCCAAUGGUACAUGUAACCAGUGACCAAGUCGGCCCUUUUGUGAAAUUGUUACCAAGAUUCUGUCAUUGAAGCUCAUGCACAUUACAUCUGUCUGAAUACCAUUGACCAGUCCAGCAACUUGUUUGGUAGUGGCAGGAAAGGGAAGAUUUAAUGGCUCCAGAAAUUCACUGAAAUUGAAAGGUUCGGCCAUGGCUAGGGACUUGCUUCAAGUGAUAAAGAAAAUGCAGCGCAAGAGGUACUGUUUACCCAGAAUACAGUAAGGGAAAUACGUUCUGAUACAUGAAGUUGUAAACAGUUUCCAUGGAGGGGAGUGCUGAAUACGUGGGCGGUGAACAUAAUCUCACCGCUUUGAGGCAGAAUCUCUCCGCCGCCU